UUAAACUGGAAUAUAAUUUUCAUAAGUGCAACUAGUUUCAAAGUCAUAUGAUUCAUAUCAGAGUAAGUUAUUAAAGCUACUUCAUAUUGAAAUAAGUGACAUGACACGUGUACUAGUUUACAAAUGGAAAACACAUCAGCCAUUUGUAUGCAAUUACUUAUAAAUAAUAUAACAUCAUAUUUAAGUGAUAAUACUUGCAAAAGUACUUCAGUUGUUAAGUUGAAUAAUGAAAAUUUGGCAAUAAAUGGUGAAUUGUAUUUUUUACCUAGCCUUAAAGUAUGGAAGAACUUGUUGAAAGACACAGACAAAUGUGAUGAAAAGUGUACAACAAUUUUACAACAUUUCCUGUAUGUUCGAAAUGGUGAAACGGAUAAGGCUGAUGCGAAUAUUGCAGCAAACCAGGUUUUACAGUUGCUAGUAUCAUCGAGUAGUAAUUGGCCUAUAAAAUUACAUAAAUAUUUUUUAGAGAAGGAAAGAGUCUGUUUGUUUUUACAACGUACUCCUCUUAUAGAGAACUCAAUUAAGGCAGUCAUAACAUCUAAGAAUAACUUUGGGAAAACUUUCUCAACCAACAAGAUUUUUGCUUUCAAAUCACUUCAAGAUAAGGAAUCAGAACUCACAACUAGAAGAUUACACCUAAUACAACGUGUCACUGAAAAGAUUUUGACCCUUCAUGGCUGUGAAAUAUCAGAGAAGCACUCUGAUUACAAAUUUGUAUUUACUUCUAAGUCGCAGGGAAAUUUAGAAGAAAAUUAUGAGAAGUGUGUAUGUGGUGUUGUGAAAAAUACAGAAACAAAGUGUAAAGAGACAGAAUUAACGUACGAACAGUAUGUUAACAACAAAAUUAAAGAAUUGAAAGCAUUAAAAGAACAUAAAUAUUUCGAAGCACAAAAAUUUAAUGCAGAAAUGGAAGAAUAUUUCGUCGAGAAUCUUGCAAAAGCAAUAGUGACAUUUGAAUUAUUAUCUGUAAAACCAAGUCGUCCUGUUUUUAUUGGAUCCAACAUUGCAACUGAUAAAAAUACUACAAACACAAAAGGUGCGUGUUUUAUAUUAUAUAAUGCAGCAAGAAUAACAUCCAUUAUUGAAAAGUACAAUGAUAAAAGAUUAAAAGGAGAAUAUCCUGAUUUACCAUGUGUCAACGAUACAGAUUUUUCUUUGUUAAACCAAGAGGAAGAAUGGGAACUUGUAUAUAACUUUAUCAUUGGAUAUCAACAAAUGAUAAACCAUUGUGUAAAACAUAAUGCUGUCUUCCAAACAAAUCCACAAGUUAUUUGUAUAUUUUUGUCCAAAUUGUGUCAAAAAUUUAGCAUCUAUUAUCGUAGAAUUAGAAUUUUAACUGAAGCAUAUGACCAUUUGGUUCCAACAAUGAUUGCCAGAUUAUACAUGCUACAUGCAUUACAAAUUGUGCUUCAAAAUGCACUUGCUUUCCUUGACAUUAUCCCUGUAUCUCGCAUGUAAUUUAAUCAUGGAAGAAUUUUUUUUAUCAAAAUUAUACGUUUGACAAAUUAAUGUACAAAAUGAUACAAAAAAUAAAUAAUUGUAUAUUAAAAAAAAUAAUAAA